AUGCCUGCAACAGAGUCUGUGACCUCACCAGAGGAAUUCCAUUUCGAUUUUGACUGGGCAGACGAUGUCGAAGAUGGGCUCCAACGACAAGAAUCUCACGACUGGGACCUGUGCCACGCCGCCGAGGAAUACUUAGGUGGUGAAGAUUUAGAAGCUACAAGCCAUGGUACGAGUAACAUUGAUUUUGAGAGAGACGUUGAGUAUAUUACGGGGGCUGACAUUGCAGACCAUGAUACAAACAUCGUGAGCAUUCCAUCGACUGAAGAAGUCUCACCCACACAACGGCCGCGUCGUGGAAUCGCGCAGGAAUUUCGUGGACGUGACUCCGCCGUGUCUCACGACGAAAACAUCCACCACUUCAACUGGUUCGGAAAUGCAGUCUACCAUCCUAGCUUGACAACCCCCGCCGAGUCCCUUGCCAUCAUUUUCAGUGGCCCCAAAGUUCCAAAAGAGAACGACAAGCUCCGGAUCGCGAGCAUCCUUCGUCGAGCCUUUCAAUACCUGGACCCUGUGGUGGUAAGUUUUGAGAGAACCAAGAAACGAUUUCUCAAGCGUCGAGGCUCCAGCUUACAAACUGCAGCAGAAGGUCACGUUUUCAAGUUCUACACACCUCAUGGCCGGUGGAUGGUAGAUUCAAAUGUCCUUCACUCUGAGUUGAUAUUAAGGGAUGCAGAUACUCAGUAUGACUACCUCGGCUCUAAAUUCUCUGUUGGAAACGGCUUUCAGAGCUUCAGCUUAAUUCCAACCAGGUCGAACUGGCGCUCAGCUCGACGUAAAAUCAUUCGAUCUCAGCAACGCACGUCGCCCCGGAAGAAUAAUUGGUCCCCACCUCCACCAUCUCCCCUCCGACAGUCCAUGAGUUUAUCCGGUAGUGUCGCAAAGGAUUCAAGCGAAAUUCCUGCGACACGCAGGCUCAACGGCUAUCCAUCGGUUCAACAUCGCCGUUGA